AACCUACAAAUUUCAAAUUUAAAUUAAAGUUGUAAAACAGUCUAGUUUGUAAAAGUUCGAAAUUUUGGAAGUUUGUUUUUAAUACGUUGUUAAUAAUACCAACUAAUACUGUGGUAUAAGUUUAAGUCUCUGUUUUACAAAUACAAAUAAUAAGAGUAUAAAAGGAAAGCACAAAAUUAUAUUCCUGUUCUGUAGUGAAAAUUGAAAAUUACUUAUACAUAAUUCAUCUUUUUGGAAAUACGUUAUUUACAGUACAACUUCAAUCCCAAGAAAUGGCUGGUUAUAGAACAGCCUACACAAUUGAUGAGGACAAUAUGAUACUAGAAAUAAUAGCUGCCACGAAAGGAUAUUAUUAUCUGAGGGGUAGAGCUUAUUGGAUGGAUUUGGUCACUCUAGGACGAUUUAACAAAUGCCGCACUUGGAUGAGUAUUCAAAAUCGUUUCGAAAAAAAGAUUUUACCCGACAUUAUGAAUUCUAACUAUUCAAUACCCGAAGAUGAAAAACACAAGAUACUCUUGGCUUGGGAGCAGACUGCAGAUGAUUUUUGUUCUGAUGGGUCUGAUGAUGAUUCUGUUAGUGAUGAUAAUGAUAUUGAUGAAGACAAUACAGAUAAACCAAUAGUAUCUAGUAUAAUAAAAGAAGAAAACUCAGAAAUCUUUGACUCAGAUUAAAAUUCAAGGAUUAAAAGAAGGGAUUUAAGUGGAGGCCAAUUCAAAUCUAAUUUCGUUUUAGAAAUUUGAACUUUUAUUUAUAGGCUAUUGAUUAUGUACUUUCGAAAGGAACUACAACGUUAAUGGGGUUUUAUUGUUUUAUAUGGUCAAUGGACCUCUAAAUAUGAAAAAACCGCGGAGUGCUACCAUAUAAAGGGGUGCGUUUGUGAGAAAGGGUUGAAUUAGCUUCUAGGCACAGGGUGCAUUAGAGUGACUUCUGUGCACUUUUGAUAUAAACACGUCUACAGAAAAAAUUGUUCCAGAUUAAAUUUACUAUCGCAAUAUCAGCUUCUAAAGUCAAAAAUAUUUUUUUAGAAAAAUAUAUUAAAAAAACAGCAAAAAAAACACGAAAAAAAGCAAUUUUGUUUUUUACCCCAUAACUUUUUUCCACGGGGAUAUAGGUAUAGGCAUUGCUAGCCACAGAAAAAAAAUUUCUAUCCUUUCUCCUUAAAAUGACGUGUGGUAGAUGUCUUUAGGAUUUAUAAUUUCCAAAAUACGAUUUUUUAAAAUUCGCCACUCACAGCAUUUUUGGGUCAUUUUCCCUAUUAUUUCCCGAACAUUGUUCCGUAACUUCUUUUUACGCAUUUCUAGGUAUAUGCAAUGGUACAUUUAAUAGGAAGAGAAGUCAAUUACCGGUCUACUGUGUAAGGUUGUACGAUGUACGAAUAUUUUUAAGCAAGUUAUGGUUUUUCAAAGUUUUAUACUUUUAAUGAUUUUUGAUUUUUUUAUGAUUUUUUUAAAUUUCUCAUUAUAACUGUUUUUUUUGUACAUUUAGGUAUAUACAUUGUGGAAUAAAAAAGAAAGCUUAUUUUCUUUACUUGAGAAUGGUGUAUAUUUGUAUAUUGUACAUAUUGUAAAAAAUUCUAGGAUUAUUUUUAAACAAGUAUCCAAGGGUAUCCGUAAUUUGAGAAUUUUUUUUUAAUUAGAAUAUAUGUAAUUGCAUAUAUUAGAACAUAAUUUUUAGUUCCAAAUAACUUUUCUUAAUAAUACUUUUCCAUAUUGUGAAAUAUAAAGGUGCUUUACUCUUGAGCGAAAUUCGUAUUUUUAACAUACCUCGUAUACAAUUGAUAAAAUUUGAUAUUUGAUGAUUGCUUCUUAGGUUUUAGGCUAUGCAGAGGAUUUUAUGAAAGAUAAUAUUUUUCAUAAAAUUAAUAAUAAAAAUGUUUACCAUAUGGUUCCAACUUAGUGGGACAUAUAUAGCAUGUGUGUAUAUGUCACAUUUUGAAAAAGCAUAUCUUGUUUAAAAAUAGUCCUAUAAUUUUUUACAAUACUCCAUUUUAAAGUAAAGAAAAUAAGCUUUUUUUGUAUUUAGCAAUGUAUAUAUACCUAAAUGUAGAAGAAAAAAGUUAUAAUGAGAAAUUUAAAAAUACAUAAUCGUAAAACAUAUCUAUCAAAAAUCGUUAAAAGUAUAAAACUUUGAAAAAACAUUUAUUGCUUAAAAAUAGUCAUACAACCUUCUAUAAUAAACCAUUUUAAAGCCAAUUGGCUUCUCUUCCUACUAAAUAUUAGGAUGUUACCGUUCAUUGAUGAAUAUUUAAAUCAACGAUAUUAUAUUGUACAUACCUAAAACUGCGUAGAAAAAAGUUACAGAACAAUGUUAGGGAAAAUUACCCAAAAAUGCUGUGAGUGGCGAAUUUUGAAAAAUCGUAUUUCGGAAAUUAUCCUAAUUUUAUAUAAAUUCUAAGGACUUCUACCACACGUCAUUUUAAGGAGAAAGGAUAGAAGUUUUUUUCUGUGGCUAGCAAUGCCUAUACCUACAAUAUUCCCGUGGAAAUAAGUUAUGGGACAAAAAAAAUUGCUUUCUUUCGUGUUUUUUUUUGCUUUUUUUGAAUCUAUUUUUGUAAAAAAAAUAUUUCUGACUUUAAAAGAUGAUAUUUCGAUAGUAGAUAAAUUUAACCUGGAACAAUUUUUCUGUAGACGUGUUUGUACCAAAAGUGCAUAGAACUCACCCUAGUGCACCCUGUGCCUAGGGACUAAUUCACCCCUUUCUCAAAAACGCACCUCUUUAAAUGGUAGCACUCCGCGGUUUUUUCAUAUUUAGAGGUCCAUUGACCAUAUGAAAUAAUAAAACCUCGGUAACGUUGCAGUUCCUUUCUAAAGUACAUAAUCAAUAGCCUACAAGUAAGAAAACAAAAAUCUACUUAUAUCAAAAGACAUUUGUUCAUAUUUUCUAGUUCAAUCCAAGUUUAUUUUUAAGAAAAAAAUGUGUUGUGUUUUUUAAGUUUUGUAUCUGUUUUUUAUUGUACAGAAUAUACAGUGAGCACGUAAAGGUUGGAAUAAAUUCAUUUGUUCAUAAACGGCCGAUUUCGGAAAUAAAUCCCGAAAUUGGUCGAGCUCAGAAAUAAAUCACGAAAAUGGUCGAUUUUUAUUUUUAAAUUAUAUUUUUUGGCAUAUAUAUCAUACUAGUGACGUCAUCCAUCUGGGCGUGAUGACGUAAUCGAUAAUUUUUUUAAAUGCGAAUAGGGUCUUGUGUUAGUUCAUUUGAAAGGUUUAUCAAUUAUUUUUUCAGCAAUAUAAACAUUAACAUAAUUAUUUAUACAGUGUGUCCAAAAACAAAUUUUUUAAAUUAAAUUGAGACAAAAAGAAGAAUGUAUAUAUUUAAUUCAAAAUAAAUUUUACUGCUGUCAGAAAACAGGAAAAAAUGUUUUGACAAAUAAAUAUUGUUUUUCGCUUAAAUUCAAUGUUAAAGCUGCCACCCACCUGCCGCUUGGUGGUUUGAACAUUUAAUUUAAGGGGGGGGGGGGGGGUAUGGUUUGAAAUAUUUAAUUUUUUUUUAUUAUUUCAAAUAAAAGUGCAUACUUCCAAGAAUACUCUCUGAAAAUUUCAAAAUAAUCGGAGUAAAAUUACCAGAGAUACAGGGUGUUGAAUAUCCCUACCUCGACUCGCGUUGCCGCGACUUCGCGCCAGCACGCUUGAGCAUAGUGAGAAACGUUAAACAACUGUUCGCCUUAUCUUUUGUAGAUUACUCCUCGAUUUAAAAAACAUAUUCCAAUGUGCAUAACUUUACGAUUUGGCAGACAAAUAAGAAGAUUAAGAUGCAGUUGUCAAAACUUUAAACGCAUUUUUCUCAAAACUGCUUUUUCAAAUGCGGUGGACAUUGUAACUGAAAAACUACUGGGCCGAUCUACCUGAUAUUUUGCACAUAUUUUCUUUAGACAUUUCAUGAGGUAACAACGUCGAGAUAUUUUACUUUUUUUGCUUAUUUGUUGUUCAACAAUAAUAAGUCUGUUGAUUUUCGCAAAAUUUUUACCAAAAAUUUCAUUUUUUUGAUUUCUGAGUGAUACCAAAAAUUCAAAAAUCAUUAAAAAUAAAAAAACUCGACGUUGUGACCUCGUGAAACUCAUAAGCUUAUUAAAUCUUUUUGAAUUUUUUGUUUCGUAUGAUCGAGUGACGAGUUCUGAUGUCCACCGCAAAAUCCAUUCUUUUGUGAGCUGCCUGUCAAAAUUUGUCACCAAUGGCUUAUUUUCCAAUAUUUUGGAUUGGAUUUUUUUCUAAGCAUUCUUUGAAUUGUACUUAAUGUGCUUAUUUAAUUUAAAAAUAAAAUAUUUGUACCAUAGCUUCGAAAAAAAUUCACAAAAAUGUACUUGAUACGUUGAUUUCAAACCAUACCCCCUCCUUAAGCGAAAAGUAAUGUUUAUUUGUGAAAUAAAUAUUGUUUUUUGUUUUACGACAGCAGGAAAAUGUAUUUUGAAUUAAAUUAAUUCUUCUUUUUUGUGUCAAUUCAUUUAAUUAAAAACAAAAUUUUUGUGCACUCUGUAUAAAUAAUUAUGUUAAUCAAAAAUGAAUAACCAUUUUCAAUGUCGUUGCAACACGAAACUGCAGCCGCGCGAUAUUCUAGUCCAAUCAGAGAGUGCCGCAAGCACCUCUACCGGUUUCGAAACUUAUUAGUCUCUCAUCAGGAGGCACAUAUGCUGCUCUCCCUGAUCCAGCCAAAACAAACCCCGGCGUGCAGUCACGGAUCGCAACGAACGAAAUGGCAUAGAUGCCCUAGCGGCAACUGCUAUCAAAAGUCUAAGUUUUCAGUCUAAUGGCAUAUAAAGCAACAUAAUGCUACUCUACAUCCCAGCAGAAUGAAAACAAUGGGAACCUUCUCUGGUUACACCUCCGAGGCUUCUACAAUUUGCAAGCCAUACGGAUACUGAGACUAAGGAAGAUGAGGGAAUUUUACAAUAUAUAAUUCACGUCCCAUCUGCUCAGCGCGGUAAAGUUCCAACGAGAAUAGUUCCCUUUGUACUCCAAACAAAGUAAAGUAAAUCAAAAAUGAAUAACCAUUUUCAAUGUCCUUGCAACACGAAACUACAGCCUCGGAGGUGUAACCAGAGAAGGUUCCCAUUGUUUUCAUUCUGGUGGGAUGUAGAGUAGCAUUAUGUUGCUUUAUAUGCCAUUAGACUGAAAACUUAGACUUUUAAUUAUGUUAAUGUUAAUAUUACUAUACAUAUAGAGAAUUAACUAACCUUUCAAAUGAACUAGCACACGACCCCUAUUCUCAUUAAAAAGAAUAAUUGAUUACGUCAUCACAGCCAGAUGAAUGACGUCAAUAGUAUGAUAUAUAUGACAAAAAGACAAAAUUUAAAAAUAAAAAUAGACAUGUUUCGGGAUUUAUUUCCAAAAUCGCCCAUUCAUGAAAAAAUAAAUUUAUUCCAACCUUUACGUUCUCACUGUAUAUUAGCAUCUAUUGUUUCUAUAUUACGUACGGGUCGCCUACAGUUUCUCAACUGUCAUUAAUACGCCUAACUUCACGCGUGUCUUUGAUAAGAGAAUUAAAAAAAACGUAAUUUUUUGAGCAUUAUAAAGUGAGUACAAAGACAUACAUAAUCUUUUUUUGUAAAUACACCUUCAAUUUACCGUGCACUUCUCGUAGACUGUGUUACCGACUGUACUAACAGUUGAGAAACUGCAGCGUGCCCAUUAUGUACCACGGUGGCUAUUUUAAUAAAUUAUUUUCUUUUUUAA